GAAACUGUUAUUUACUGAGGUAAUUGCAUGAGUAUAUAAUUAUCAAGAAAAAGUGAAAAUAGUUACUAAAAGUUGCAAAAAAUAGGCUCAAAAUGAAUAUUAUACAUCAUUCAACGAUGGGAUGUAAAGUUAGGUUGAGUUAAUUCAUAAGUUAGUUCUACAACAGAUCUGCAACGACUUCUAAUAGUGCAAGAUAUACGGCUAGAUAGGGAAAACUUGGGAACAAUGGAAUCUAAAGGUACAAACAUCACUCAAAUACCUCGUGUAAGAUGUAUAAAAUGGAGCAUGUGUAAGGUAAUCAGCAUUCUUGUCAUCGCCGUACAGGUUAGGCCUAUUGAUGGUUUUUUCUACAGAAACUCUCACACACUGAAACAGAUGGGAACCUAUUUCAAUGACAUCGAGUCAAGAAACGCGGGAAAUAUAGAAUUAAACAACGUAGUAUCAGAUUUACGGAUUAAUCCUAGCGCACGUGAAUGUAACGGUCCGUUUUGUACGAGGUGUAGAGCACGAGUUUCAUCUCCACAUCACAUGCCCGAACCCUCAGACUGUAAAGUGGACCAAAAUGUAAAAAAUUCAAGUUGUUACCUUUGUAAUAGAGAGUGCAAAACGCUGGGUGAUCUACAAAGUAAAAACAUUAUAAUGUGCGGACAGCCUGUAGAAAUAACGUGUUGUCUCAUUGCGCAGAUGGGUAACCUUGGUCAUGUGUGUGGUUUGGGUGGCCAAUACAACUGCUACGGAGACAUGAAACCGAUGUGUCAAUGUCCAUAUGGCAAGCUUGGAGAGAGAUGUCAGCUUUCAAAUAAAGAUACGUUAAACUGCAGAUGUUAUAAGCCUGCCUAUAAGUUCUGCGGUCAGGACGACAUAAUAGAAUGUAACAAUAAGACUAGAGGGCCGGAUGUAACACAGUGUCACAUGGGUGUUAACAGACACGGGAAACGCCAUAAUUGUAUCUGCGACUUAGAGGACGGUCAUUCUGAAGUAAAUGGUUUAGAGAGUUGUUAAUCUACUCAUACGGACAAAUGGCUGUCAACUUGGUAGACAAAAACAUCGUCGUAGAGAAAGAGUCUCACGUCGACAUUCCUGAUUACAAGCGUAUGCUUAGAUAUAUCUGCUAUCUAUCCUACAAUAACUACUGCUUAGUUGAUACAUGUUAAUGGAAAUCUAAAACCGUUGAUACAAUUAACUUUUAGAUUCCUUUAAUUACGAGGGACAAUGGAUGACAAGAACGGUUUCAAAUAACGUGGUGUGUGUGCUCAGUCAUCGGCCUAUAUCACAGUCCAUAUCAACUUUGCAUUCCUCUAUGUAAAAAUCUGUAUUUCAAUGUUCAGUCUCUGUGUUGAAUGUUUUACAGCACUUUAGGAUCGUGCUACAAUGUUUUAUUGUUGAAGUUUAAGUGUACUCGUAUCAAACAUUUGUGUAUAUGAAUGAACCAAACUAGUCUAUGAUCUAGAAAUUGUGAAUGUUCUUUUGGUAUCAGACAAAUAUCCGGGGAAAGUGUUCUUGCAUUUUGUGUCAACUGAUAAAGCUUACUGUGUA